AUGUCCCGAGUUCUGAAUACCCAGGUCGACGUUGAGGGAGCCUUCAACGGUUAUGUAACGCCUAACGAAGACUACUUUGAUCGAGGCGGUUCCCAGCCCGUUACGUCGCUGUCGAAUCGGGAUCAUCGAGAAAAGAGAUCGCCCCCGAUUCCUCUUCACCCUCGUCACCUUCCACCCAACGUCGACAGCCUCGACAGAAUGAUCUCCAAUGCUAGGAAGUCGAGAGGCAGCAAAAAGGUUGGGAUUCGAGAUCGAAUAUGUUGCUAUCAAUGGACUUGGUUCACGAUGACUAUGGCAACAGGCGGUGUCUCCAACGUCCUCUACUCCAUAUGGACUCCUUACCGGGCCGACUGGCUCUGGUACAUUGGCCUGGUCUUCUUCUUCUUCAACAUAUGUCUCUUCAUCAUGAACUGCGUCCUGAUUACGAUGAGAUUCGUCAUGGUCCCGGGAAGUUUCCUGCAUUCGUUCCUAGACCAAACGGAAUCUCUUUUUAUCCCGGCCGUGUUCUUUCAUGUGCUUACCGACCACGGAGGUAGUACGGCCACCAUCUUGAUUAAUAUCUGCGAAUACGGAAUUCCGAUGACUGGCCCCUGGUUGCAGCGCGUCAUGGAAUGGCUGUUCUGGAUAUAUAUCAUUUUCAGCGUAGUGGCGAGCACAGGAAUGUACUUGGUCCUGUGGUCCACUCAGGCUUUUCCUAUACAUACGAUGACGCCUGUUUGGGUCUUUCCUGGAUAUCCGCUUCUCCUGUCCGCACCAUUUGCUAGUAUGCUCAUAGCAGCAAGCACGGCCGUUUCGGAUAUCCCGCCAGCCGACGGGUUAGCCAUUGCGAUGUGCGCAAUAGCAGUGCAAGGAACUGGGUUUCUCAUUAGUUUCAUGAUAUGCGCUGCGUUUCUCUAUCGAUUGAUGACCCAGAAGUUACCAGGCGAUACGCAGCGGCCAAGUGUUUUUAUUUCUAUCGGCCCUAGUGGCUUUACAGUGGCAGGACUAGUCUCCCUUGGCCAGCAAGCUCAAAUCGUCAUCCCGGACAACUUUCAAGGCUCGACCCACAGCGUUGUUAUUCUGCGACUGCUCUCGACUAUCAUCGGUCUAUGGAUUUGGGGCCUUAGUAUCUGGUUUUUCCUAGUGUCGGUCGGCUCGCUUACGAAGUAUGUACGCCCUGAUCGCAAGAUGCCUUUCCAAAUGACCUGGUGGUCCUUCGUUUUCCCUAAUACGGCUCUCGUGACUGCGACCUUAGCACUAGCUACCGCCCUCGGCAGUCCAGGACUUCGCAUCGCCGGCUGUGUAAUGGCUGCCGUUUUGAUCGUCGUCUGGAUUCUUGUGUUCACUACCAUGAUACGCUGUCUCUGGAACAGGAAGCUGUUGUGGCCGAAGGACCUAGAGAGUGAGUAG